CGUGCGCGCGCAACCAAACAAGCAAGCAAUCAAUCAACCCCAGCCGGCCGGGAUGAGAGCGGGACCGAAACGGUAUAAAUGGCCGUGGGCGGCCCGGGCUGGGAGCCCCUGGUGGUGAGCAAGCGAGCGAAGGAGGGAGGUCCCUGUUCGGCGUCCAGUUCCUGUCCUGCCGGGAGGAGAGUGCUGCUGUGCGGAAGCUGGGCUCAUGGCCUUCAUUCGGAAGAGGCGGCAGGACCAGCGGCUCUACUCCAAGGAAAGGUUUUCCCUGCUACUUCUUAAUCUGGAAGAAUACUACUUCGAACAGCAUACGGCUAAUUACAUUUUUAACAAGGAUGAGAGAGAGAAAAGGCAAAUCAGAGGCUCAUUAAAAAUCUGCUCAAAAUCAAUCAUAUUUGAACCUGAUGAGAUAAACCACCCCAUUAUUAAGAUCCCCCUGAGAGACUGCAUUAAAAUAGAAGGACCAGAUGAAGAGGAAAGAAACAAUCCCUUUGCAGAGGGCAACCUUGGGAAUAUUUCUAUUUUAACCAAUCAGGCUUUUCUCACAAAAGAACAAAACAUCAUUGCACCUUUUAAAACUGAAAGAGGUAAAACUGAAUAUAUAUUUCAACUGGAUGUUGCUGGAAAGGUUGAAGAUGUUGUACAUACGCUUCAUCAGUUAUACAGAGCAUCUUGCUUGGAUAAGUUGGGAGAUCAGGCUGCUAUGAUAACGGCUAUCUUGCAAUCACGUUUGGCCAGGACACCGUUUGAUAAGAACAGAUUUCAAAGUGUUUCUGAAAAACUGCACAUGGAGUGUAAAGCUGAAAUGGUUACGCCGCUGGUGACUAAUCCAGGACAUGUAUGCAUCACUGACGCAAACUUGUAUUUCCAGCCUCUUAAUGGCUACCCAAAGCCCGUGGUUCAAGUGACAUUGCAUAGCGUUAGGCGCAUCUAUAAAAGAAGACAUGGACUAGCACCUUUGGGUCUGGAAGUAUUUUGUACAGAGAAUGAUCUAUGUUCGGACAUCUAUUUGAAAUUUUACAACACUCAGGACCGAGAUAAUGUCUAUUUCUACGUGGCAACAUAUUUAGAGAAUCAUGUUACUGAGCAUACAGCAGAGAGUUAUAUGCUACAAUGGCAACGAGGACAUAUUUCAAACUACCAGUAUCUUCUUCAUCUCAAUAAUCUGGCUGAUAGGAGCUGCAAUGACCUGUCCCAGUAUCCAGUGUUUCCAUGGAUCAUAGCAGAUUACUCUAGCUCAGAACUGGAUUUGACAAAAACUGAAACAUUUCGUGAUCUCAGUAAACCAGUAGGUGCACUAAAUAAAGAAAGGUUGGAUAGAUUAUUGGUACGCUAUCGGGAAAUGCCAGAACCAAAGUUUAUGUUUGGUAGCCACUACUCUUCGCCAGGUUAUGUCCUGUUUUAUCUUGUCCGAGUUGCACCAGAAUACAUGCUUUGUUUGCAAAAUGGAAAGUUUGAUCAUCCUGACAGAAUGUUCAACAGCAUUGCAGAAACUUGGAAGAACUGUUUAGAUGGAGCAACAGAUUUCAAAGAGUUGAUACCCGAAUUCUAUGAAAAUGAUUCCAGUUUCCUGCUAAAUAACCUGAAGCUGGACUUGGGAAAGACACAAGGAGGAAAGAUGGUUGACAAUGUGGAACUUCCCCCUUGGGCGUCAGAUGCUGACGACUUUCUUAAGAAGAGCCAAGAAGCUUUGGAAAGCCAGUAUGUGUCGGAACAUCUUAAUGAAUGGAUUGACUUAGUGUUUGGCUACAAGCAGAAGGGAAACGAAGCUAUUGCUGCUCAGAAUGUAUUUCAUCCAUUAACUUAUGAAGGAGGAGUAGAUUUGAACAGAAUUAUGGACCCCGACGAGAGAGUAGCUCUGUUGACACAAAUCCUAGAGUUUGGGCAGACUCCAAAACAGUUAUUUACAAUCCCUCAUCCUCGGAGAAUAAUUCCAAAGUCAAGAAAGCUAUCCCAUGCAUCUAGUAGAAGUCCUUCUAUGGCCGAGUCUCCAGUCUCUCCAUGUGAAGAAUCAUUUGAAGAUUUGACAGAAGAGAGCAUCCUACUUGCCUGGAACAACAUGACCAGAUUAAAACUAGAUGGCCAAUACAAGAUUCACAAAGGGGAAAUAACUGGAAUUGCUGUGCGUUCUGGUUCGAGACAGUCUUCCAUUUUUACUACAUCUAAAGAUUCUACUUUGAGGAUGUUUUCUACAGAAUCGAAGAUGCUCCAGAGGAGUGUGUCAUUCUCAAACAUGGCUUUGUCCUGCUGUUUAAUCCUACCAGGUGAUACCACUGUCGUAUGUUCUUCAUGGGACAACAAUGUUUAUUUCUAUUCUAUAGCUUUUGGAAGGCAGCAGGACACCUUAAUAGGCCAUGACGAUGCUGUCAGUAAGAUUUGCUGGCACAAUGAUCGCUUGUAUUCUGCAUCCUGGGAUUCCACUGUAAAGGUGUGGAGCUGCACUUCUACAGAACUGGGCAAUAGGAAGCAUUUUGAACUGCUUGCUGAAUUGGAACAUGAUGUUAGUGUCAAUACAAUCAACUUAAAUGAUGCAUAUACGCUCCUGGCCUCGGGAACAAAAGAAGGGACCAUUAGCAUCUGGGAUGUUUCAACUGCCUCUGUGUUACAUCAAAUUGCAUGCCAUUCAGGGGCUGUCUUCGAUGCGGCUUUUAGUCCUGAUAGCCGACACUUGCUAAGUGCAGGAGAAGAUGGCUUCUUUAAAGUUAUCGAUGUACAAACUGGAAUGAUUAUAUCAUCUGUGUCUACAGAGCUACCCCAAAGAUGUUUCAAGUGGGAUGGGAGUACUGUCCUAUCAGGAAGUCAGUCAGGAGAACUGUUCGUUUGGGAUAUAGUUGGAGGAAAAAUAGUGGAAAGAAUCUCAGGCCAUGCAGGUGCUGUUACUUCUAUGUGGAUGAAUGAGCAAUGUAGCAACAUAAUCACUGGAGGGGAAGAUAAACAUAUCGGGUUCUGGAAACAGCAAUACUAAGUGCCUUCCCUCUCGAAGUAUAUCAGUAUUGAAGAUAUUUUAAACCAAACUUUUUAAAGAACUUUAUUCACAAAUGAUGAUGCCUGCUGCAGUUCAGACAAAGAGCUUUGGCUGCCUCUAGCUUCUGUUGUGUGUAGCUGAAAGCUCUGAAAUAUUUAUGUCAAGACUACAGUAUGCACCUGUAUUUUGUUUACAAAUGUCAUUUCAGCUUGUAAACUUAUCUUAAUACUUAACUGAAAAUAAAGAAUUAUUUUUAUGUAAACAAAGUUUUAA